CACCACUCGGGCACAGCUAUGACCGAGCAGUGAACAGUUUUGUCUCUUUCUGAUUUCCGUUACUGUCCUCGUUAAAAUCGCGCGAGAGGGGCGUCGCUAUUAAAUCCAGAGGACUAUAUCUGUCUGUGUUUGGACAACUUGGGUCUACUUUUACGCACGGCAACCUGGGUGACACUCCAGGACGGACAGCUGAACAGACAGGAGUUCCGAACGUAGGACGCAUAGCCAUCGUUAAAGAGUUGUUUUUAAGAUUAUUUGAGCUGUCUGCAGUCCUCGUCUGCUGAAGCCAUGUUUUCCAAGGCCACUGCCAACUUCGUCCGUCAGAUUGACCCGGAAGGAAGCCUCAUCCACGUGUCGCGACUAAAUGACUCACGUAAACUGGUUCCCAUGGCGCUUGUCGUCAAACGCAACCGCAUCUGGUUCUGGCAGAGGCCUAAGUAUCAACCGACAGAUUUCACCCUUGGCGACUUGUUGCAGGGCGACACGGUGCUCAGUCCUGUGUGUGAGACAGAUUUCCUGACCUAUGAGGGCACGUUUGGAGACAAACUCUUGGGGAAGGUGGACACCAAGGCUGUUGUAGUGGAGGGGCGGGGCAUUUCCAAGCUCCAAUCAUGUUUUGGCAAGUUGAAGAAAGAGGAACUGAUUGUGAAGAAGCUGUUACGCGACUCCAGCGACAGGCUGGUGGACAUGGCGCACGUUCUGGUGAAGCAGGUGGAGAAGAAGGCAGAGGUGCUGGCAAUAGUGAAGGAGCGGAUCCUCACCACCAACUCCUGCUCCGUCAGCCAGACGAAAAAGAAGCAGUGCUCUUUUCAGGGGGUGCUUGGGCUGCUGGGCAUGCUGGGAAGCUCUGUUAAGGUGUGUGUGAACGACAGCAACAACAUUGAGAGGGACAGUGAUGUUUCUUUGGAGAUUCCCUCUGGUACAGUCAUUGCGUACAGCAUCUUGGAACUGGAGAUUAAGAAAAGUGGACACUAUGAUAUAUGCCUACAGCCUGGUGCAAUAGGAGGCUUUGAAGCAGACUCUAUGUCCUGGUCAACCCAUGACUCCUUGAAUAUGGUGGAUGGCAAGCACAAUGGUGAGAAUGGAUCACAGGAGAUGGACUUGUCUCCACUGGCAGAGCUCCCCCAGUUAACUCAACGUGCCUGGUUCAAGAAACUCCAGGAGACAAUGAGGGACAGAGCUGCUCUGUCAGAUCUGCAGUGUGAUCUGGAGGAGUUGUGCACUGUUAAAACACUUGAUGUGGCCAUGCAAGAAGAGCCGUUGGAGGACCUGAUAAAAUCAGCAUCAACCAGACCAGACAGUCAUACUGAGUGCUGCCAGAUGGCCAAUGCUGCUCACCUAAACGCAACUCACCUGUUGGUCAGUGCUAUGGAAGAGUUGCCUGAUGAAACACUGAGCCUCCUGAGUGAGAGCUGUGCUGAUUUUCUGGAGGCCUUGGAUACCCUGAUGUGCAGGUUAAAGGAGAGUGAGCCUCUCCCCAUCCAGUGUCUUCCCAUUCCGCUGCAGGACAACCAGGCUUUCCAGCUUGCAGAGCAGCUGCUCAGCACCAUCAAUGUGGCGCUGAAGAGAAACACAGACAUUGCUGUGGACGGAGACAGGAGAUAAAGCAGGAGUUCUCCCUGUCCCUCUUCGCCUCAGCAUACAUGGAUUGUCCUUGCUGUGCAAUGGGGUAAAGGGGUAGGGUUUUGUACAUUUUCUUUCAUUUUAUGUUCAUUUCUUUCUUUAUUGUAAGUUUAUUGACUCUAAACUCACUAUACUUUACUGCAUAGCAUCUUUCUGUCAUUAAUACUAUUGUUGGUUUUUAAAUAUUGCUUAAAGAGAGCAUAUUGUAACCAUGUUACUUUUCCUACAUAUAUUUUUGCAUAUAUUUUUAUUACUUAAAGGAAAGACUCAUUUUUGUAUAUUGAAAAAAUAUAUUUAAAUACAUAUAUAUUUUAUGAAUGAGUUUUGAUACCUUGGUGCAGCUCUGUCUCACUGAGACACAUCAACAAAUGACACUUAGGAUAAAUGUCCUUAUUUUUAUGUACUAAAAAUUCAGUUUCUUUUAUGUUUUAGCUAACAAUGAAAAUGCAGUGAUUAAGCUGAAAACAGUUCUGAUUUCCUAGCUAAAGACCAUUCACAUUCAUGAAUUUCAAAGUUUUCAAUUAACAAGAAAAUGUGAAAUUUCAUGCUUGCCAACAGUAUAUGACAUUGAUGACAUUUCUACAGGAUGCUGAAAGGUGUUGCUCACCUAUUUUUGCCAGGAUUCUGAUUUUAAAUUAGGUUAUAUUUUAUUGCUGCUACUGCUUAUAAUCAAUUUGUUAUUAAACUAUAUUUAACAUUCCCUUUAAUACCAGCAUUGAAUAUAUAUAUAUAUAUAUAUAUAUAUAUAUAUAUCAAAAAUACUGUAUAAUGUUAAAAUUAAGGAAUUCUUUUUUAUGUUUUUACAUGAUCAAUAGUUUAAUGAAGCUACCGUUGCCACUUUAUUAUUUGUCAGCUAACAUUAUAAUUUAUUGUUCCUUGAGAAAAAAAAAUGCUUCACUUUAUCCUAUAUUUUCAAAAAGGUUUUCAUGUAAGUCUGUGUCAUACCUCUGUCAAAACUCAUCACUUUGUAUAACAUAAAUGGCAAAUAAAUAUUUAAGUAAAAUGUU